AUGAGCGUCCCUCCAAAACUUGGCCCCGAUGAGGUAUUGGAACUUUGGAAAGGAAAAUCAGCCACUCUGUCCUGUGAAGAAACAGAACAGUCAGAACUUCGCUCAACCCAUACUUGGACCUUCCCGAACGGUGAUGGAAAGCCCUCAAACAUGGAAAUCCCUGCCGAAACCCACAAGGGCUUCAUCGUCAACGUCGACGAUCACAAUAAUGGGCAAUACACAUGUGUGGUCACAAACAAUGCCGGAACCUCCAAGAAGAAAUUCCGCGUCGUUGUUCUGGAACCCCCGCAAUUUGUCGAGAAGCAAUUCGAUCAGAACGUACAGGUGGUCCAGGGUAGCCAGUUGAGUCUGAGCUGUCCGGUCAGCGGCCAGCCGAAACCAAAAAUAGAGUGGAGAAGAGAUGGAGAGCCGGUCGGAGAAGAGCAUGGAGUCACCAUUUUCGAUGAGGGUGAAAAGAUCGUGCUCAACUACGAGAACAUUCACAAGGAUGAUAAGGCCCACAGUCGUUACACCUGCCAUGUGAUGAAUAAGGCCGGAAAUGUUAGCCGAGACUUCUUUGUUCAGACCGUCGCACCACCCGAGAUCAAAGACACUGAUGCCAAGACUAUCAUUGAAGUUCUGGAGGGCAGAACUGCUACUCUUAACUGCAACGUUUCUGGAGAUGAUGUGGAUAUCCAAUGGAGGAAGCAAGGGCGAAAUAUCGAAGAAAACGAAGCCGCCAUUUCUCAAGAUCGCACAAAACUGGUGAUCCUAGAGGCUAAGAAGGAGCAUGAGGAUGUCUACACUUGCACGGCCAAAAACCCUGCCGGACAGGUUUCGAGGGACUUCCAAGUGAUUGUCCUGGCGCCACCGAGGAUCCGUGGACCGCUUGUGGAGAUGGUUGAAGUAAUUGAGGACCAAUCACUCGCACUUCUCUGCCAAUUCGAUGGAACUCCCGAACCUGAGGUUUCAUGGACCAUGGGCGGUAGCAAGAUUCCCGAUAAUGCAAAGGUCCUGAACGAAAACCAAACCCUUGCCCUGGAGAAGGUGAAGCCAGAAAACGCCGGUGAUUACAAAUGUGCCAUAAAAAAUAAGGCCGGGGCUGCCGAGAAAACCUUCAAAGUGCACGUUGUCGAAAAGCCGAAGUUUGAUGUGAAGGAUGUGCAGGAAAUUGAGGUUGUCCUCGGGAAGCCAUUCACUUUCGCUUGCAUUAUUGAAUCGGAAGAUGAAAAGGUUGAGAGAAGCUGGACAAGACAUGCGUUGCCAUUGAACGGUUUUGAAAAAGAUAUUCAGAUAUUGGCUGAUGGAGCGCAUCUGCAUCUAGCGUCUGCCAAAAAAGAAGAUGAAGGCACGUACACAUGUAUUGCAAAGAAUCGAGCUGGCGAGUCACAAAAAACCUACAAAUUGAAAGUCCUUGUACCUCCAACAAUCAUCAGCGAGGGCGGUGGAUAUAGUGUGGUGGAAAACAACUCACUCGUACUGCCCUGCGAGGUCGAAGGAGAACCCAAUCCGAAGAUCGUCUGGCACAAGGAUGGAAAGCCCGUCUCGACUUCCACGAAUUUGAUUCUGAAUGAUGGACAACAAUUCAAGAUUGCGAAGGCUUCACUGAAUGACAAAGGAUCGUAUGCUUGCCAAGCCAAAAAUAAAGUUGGAGAGGCCGAGAUAACCUUCGAUGUCGAUGUUAUCACCAAGCCAACGGUCGCUGCUGGCUUCAAAGAUUCGGUCGAAGUGAAAGAAGGGGAAACAGCUCUCUUCAAAUGCCCGAUUCUCGAUGCAAACUUCAAAGGAAAAAUUACCUGGCUCAAGGAUUUCCAGCCUCUUGUGCUCGACGAGAAGAAAUAUACGACGACCCAGGAUAAUCGACGGCUCCAUUUGCUUAAUGCAACGGUGCGAGACGAAUCCGGCUACUCAUGCCGUGUAAAGAAUGAUGCCGGAGAAACACGAGCCGAUUAUAGGCUUGUCGUAUUUGUUCCGCCGGCUAUUGUUAUGCUGGAUAAGGACAAGGACCGAUCCGUUAUUGAAAACAAAACGGUUACUCUCUCCUGCCCGGCAACUGGUAAACCAGAACCAACGAUUACUUGGCUAAAGGAUGGAGAACCAUUGACAGAACGAAACAUUGGAAAGAUCGUUCCGUCAGCCCAGCUAAUCAAGAAUGAAAUCAAAAUCGCUAGAGUGAAUGCCAAAGAUGCUGGACAAUUUACAUGUGAAGCCAAGAACGUGGCUGGAUCAGCUGAACAAGAUGUGAUGCUAACUGUGAAAACGCCCCCGAGAAUUGACAAAGACGGCAUUCCAUCCGUCGUUGAAGAGGUAGCCGGCAGUACCGUGACCCUAUCUUGCCCAGUGUACGGUAAACCUCAACCCGCUGUCACUUGGCUCAAGAAUGGUCGCCCUCUCAGCGAAGGCCUGAAUAUCAAGACAUCAUCCAACGGCCAAAAGCUCUAUUUCCUUGGGUUGACUAAAGAAGAGGCUGAUCGCUAUACUUGCAUCGCGAAAAAUCCUGCCGGUGAAGAUAAACGAGAUUUUGACGUGAAGUUAUUAGAAGCCCCAUCCUUUGAUGGCCCCAAUAUCGUCCGAAGAGUCCAAACAAACGAAGGAAGACCAAGUGUCCUGAAUUGCCCAGCUAGCGGCUCUCCAGCCCCAAAUAUCACGUGGUUGCGAGACGGUAUCACGCUGGUUCCCGGGCCACGAUAUGUGAUUUUGGACAAUGGAAGGCAGCUGCAGAUUAGCCACACCCAAGCCGAGGAUCGAGCCCGAUACACAUGUAUUGCCACGAACUCGGUGGGCUCUGAUGACCUUGAGACGACACUUGAUGUUGUUAGCAUUCCAAAGAUAUCCGGCGAUGCGCACGAGGUCUUGGAGGUGAUCGAGAAUGAGAGACAGGAUCUGCAUUGCAAUGUGGUGGAAAGCGAAUCCGGCGUCGAAAUUGAAUGGCAAAAGGCCGGUCAGACCAUCGGACCAGACCUUCUACGCGAAAAUCCAUUCCUACAGCUCCCGUCUUCCGGGCGUCGUUUGCACCUCCUAUCAGCGAAAACCGGAGAUGCAGGCCGGUAUACCUGCGUGGUCAAGAACCCGGCUGGAGAAGCUCGCAAAACGUUCGAGCUAAAAGUCUUCGUCCCGGCUUCGAUCAACGAAGCCACGUCGUCCCCUGAUAUGCAGACCGUAAUCCCAGGCCACAAAAUCCAAAUCGAAUGCGACGCCGAGGGACAGCCAAUGCCAACGAUUGAAUGGUAUCACAAUGAUGUACGGUUGGAGAAUGGGCUAACGGCCAAACUGAGCAAUAACAAUGAGACAUUGAUCGUCGACGAGGCGUCAAAUGAGUCUGGCGGCAGGUAUACUUGUCGAGCAGCAAAUAAGGCCGGGCUAGCGAGCAAGGAUUUUGUCAUUAAGAUGACAGGUCCUCCGGUGUUCGAUCAAGGAUUGGAAAAGCUCAAUGUAGCGGUUGAAGACUCAAUUUCAUUGACCUGCGUCGUGUCAUCUGGCGGGCCAAAUGUUGCAGUGAAAUGGAUUGUCAAUGGAAAACCGGUUGAAAAUGGCGAACUGAGUAGCACGGUGCAGAUCGAAAACCGAACGGUCCAAAUUACGAAAGCCCGUCUUAGCGAUGUCGGCCAAUACGUUUGCGUGGCCACGAAUGAGGGAGGAGAAGCGAGAAAGACCUUCGAACUUUCCGUCCUAGAAGCCCCUCGGUUCCUCGACAUGACGAACCGACACCCGUCAAUUGUUGUGGGAAGGCCGUUGACGUUGGACUGUUCGGCGACGGGCACCCCUAAACCGACAAUACUUUGGCUGAAGGUGGGGAAU